AUGAAUGUUUCCUUCAGUAUCAUGUCAACUCAUAAGUUCAUAGGGCUAGCUGAUGGUAAUAUCAUUAGUUGGUGCCCCACGCUAAACUUGUUGACAAUAUCCAUGAACAAGAUGGCGCUAUGGGUUUAUAGACUAAACGGGGAAAGGAUUUACUCAGUGAAUAACAAAUCUCCUAUACGUUCCAUCAGCUUUAUAAACAAUGGGAAAUGUUUCUGUUUAAGUGGAUUGGAUAAUUUAAUCAAAAUAUAUGAUUCUAAUACUGGGCAAAUGAUUAAAGUCAUAGGACAAAAUUUCAACGAAAUCAAGUUGAUAAACUGGAGCUAUCACAACUUUACUACAGAUAAACAGACGGAGCUUUUUGACGUUAACAUAUUAAGUUCGUUGCCAAAAUUAUCAAUAAACGGCCACGAACUUAACGCUCUGAGUGCAAAUGAAAUACGUGGGCUAGAUAAUGACUUGUUAAAUUACUUAAUCAUUGCUGAUCUGAAAACAAUAUCAAUCAAUUUCAACAAUCUUUUCACGGUAACUGAUAUUGAGUAUUUGAAUCUGGACAUCGAAUACAUAAGUCAUUUCAACAAUAAUAAUCUAUUUAAUCAAUUUUUCCUCAUAAAGAAUGAUGAUGGAUUGAAGUUGAUUGAAUUGUCAAUGAAUCGAUUUUCCAAUUUCUCAGAUCAAAAGUAUCUAAUUCGUAUAAUAUUAAUCAUUUGUAAGGUAAUUUCACUUUCGGAUUACAUUAAUGAGCAGAUGCUUUAUUUGAUGUCUGAGAUUGGUCCCUUCUUGCAGUUGUAUGACAGGUAUCUAUCCAACUUGAAUGAUCUGAUUUCAAGUGAUCUCGGGAAGGCUGCUGAUAUCAGAAUUAAGAAUUGUUUAUAUGAUAUGAUUAUUACUAAUUUAAUACCUGAUUUUUUGAAAGAUUACUGGCUCAAUCAACUUGGAGAGAGAGGAUUGAAAAAGCUAAGUAAGCAAGGUACCGCUGUCUAUGAGAUAAUUAGAAAGAAUGUCUUCUCUCAGUUAAUUGUAUCUUAUGAAAAGAUAUUAGUUCUUCUAAGUGAAUUAGAGAGUCUUUGUAUAUGGUUUGAAGACUCAGACAGUCCUCUCAACUUCGGAUUAAACAGAGCCAAACUUAUGGAAGUUAUUGAUUCAUCUAAGAAAUCAUUAACACUUUACUACAAUCUAAUAUGGGAUAUCAACAAAGAACAAAAAUUAUUCAAUAAGUUUCUAAGCUGGCUUAAAGAAGAAGUUAUCGACAAGAUUUCGAAAUCAGAUGAUAUCUCGACUUAUCUAGCUCAACUGAAGCUGUAUUUCCAUAAAAAUUCAGAACUUAUAGAGUAUGUGAGCAACUUUUUGCUUGAGUCUAAAAUAGGUUUAUAUUUCAAUCUCAAUUUGAGCUCCAAUGAAGUCAUAUUACAAAAAGACUGUCCAAAUGACAUAAGUUUAAGCUACAGAAAUUUCAGAGAUCAAAUUGAUGCCAACUUGAUGUUCCCAGUAAAAGAUUUUAUCAAUUCAAUUUCUAAAUUCAAGGAUCCUAUUGAGCUAUAUACGGACUUUUCUAAGCUCAUAAAGACCAACUCUUUGGAUGAGAAACACGGAAUAUUUUCUACAGUCAAUGCAUUGGGGUUAAUUUUAGUAAAGUUUGCGUACUCACAUCCAGAAAAACUUAUAAGGUUUACGCUUCGGCUUCCUGAAAAUUUAGACAUAAUUGAUUACCAGUUUACUAAUUCGCAUGAUAUUGUUCUAUUGACAUCAUCAGAUGAAUCUAUUUACAAUCUUGAAUUGAUAAGCUUUCAUGAUUACCUUGAGGAAUCUACAGAAACCUCAUACGAAAUGAUGCCAAAAUUAAAAUCAAAAGUGAUCGAUACAUUGAAAAACCCAAGAUAUUUAGCAAUAUCAGAUACAGUGGGAUGCGUCUUAGAUUCUGAUAGACGUAAUCAUAUAAUAUUUGAAUUGUAA